UAAAAAAGCACCACCGGGCGUCAUGGCUGAUAUGAGAAAUCUCGUCUGCACGCUGCUGCCCGUCUUCCUGCUGCUCGGCUUAUCGGCGCAGGUAGACGUGAAAAGUGGGAAAGAAGGAGAAAAAGCUGGGAAUUUCAUGGAAGAUGAGCAAUGGCUGUCAACCAUCUCUCAGUACAGCCGUAAGAUCAAACACUGGAACCGCUUCCGAGACGAAGUUGAGGACGACUACCUCAAAAAUUUGGAGGAGACGGCAGGAUCCGACGAAACUCUGGACACCACCAAGGACCCGUGCCAGAAGGUGAAGUGCAGCCGCCAUAAGGUGUGUGUUGCACAGGGAUACCAGAGGGCCAUGUGUGUCAAUCGCAAGAAAGUGGAGCACAGAGUCAGGCAGCCGGGGCAGCCCAAGGCCCAAGAAAGCAGCUGCAAGAUUUGCCCCGUAGCUGCCACAUCAGCUGUAUGCGGCUCUGAUGGACACAACUACGCCUCUGAGUGUAAGCUGGAGCAGCAGGCCUGUCUCACAGGGAAGGACCUCAGUGUAAAGUGCACCGGUUUUUGCCCUUGCGCCACAGCCUCUAUUCCCAUCGCAAACACUGACAACAAAUAUGAGAGCUGCACCGGCCAGGACCUGGCAGACCUGGGCGACCGCCUGCGAGACUGGUUCCAACUCCUUCACGGAAACGCAAAGCAGAACAACUCUGGCAAGCCCGGAGCUGGCACUGCCUCAGUGCUGGAUAAGAGCCUGGUAGCCAGCUGCAAGGAUUCCAUUGGCUGGAUGUUUUCCAAGCUGGACACCAACAAUGACCUCUAUCUGGACCAUGCUGAGCUGGCUGCCAUUAACCUGGAUAAGUACGAGGUCUGCAUCCGACCUUUCUUCAACUCCUGUGACAGCUACAAGGAUGGGAAGGUCUCCACAGCCGAGUGGUGCUUCUGCUUCUGGAGGGAAAAGCCACCGUGCCUGGCCGAGCUGGAGAAGAUCCAAGUACAGGAAGUGGCCAAAAAGAAACCUGGGAUGUACAUUCCCAGCUGCGAUGAGGAUGGCUACUACAGGAAGCUGCAGUGUGACCAGAGCCGAGGAGAGUGCUGGUGUGUUGACCAGCACGGCGGGGAGAUAAUGGGCACUCGAGUCCAUGGCAACCCUGACUGUGACGAGGUGAUGGGUUACUCCGGGGAUUUCGGGAGCGGAGUCGGAUGGGAGGAUGAAGAGGAGAAGGAGGCGGAGGAGAACGGGGAGGAGGCAGAAGAAGAGGAAGAGGGCGAGGCAGAUGACGGAGGAUAUAUCUGGUAGGACUGAACCCCCGUGGAGAGCCUAGUCAGAGCUGCUGGCCCAAACUACCGUGACGGCUCUCUCCUAACAGAAAAAAAAAAUAAGAAAAGGAUUUUUGGCUUGGGCUUGACGAGAGGAGGCAUGGAAUUGUGUAUUGACCUCUAUGGAUCUAUUUUGCCGGACAGGUCCGGUGUUGAGAUGACCAGUUUUUUUGUCUUAGAUAUGUGUAUCGCUUCUUUACUUUUCCUGUUUUAUGAGCAACCGAGCUUUAUGUUUUGCUGUCUUGAAAAGCAGGACCCACUGACCACUGCGUCGUAGGUGUAGUCCAGCAGAGAUCCUAUCUGUCCAGCCAUCUUCUAUGCAUAUAGAGAUUUAUUUUCCAUUGUGAAAAAAAAGUGCUUUGAGUAUUAGAGCCACUGUCCCUCUGGAAUGACCGCAGAUCUGAAUUCCUAACAGUUCAAUGCAGUGUGGCGAUGUGUCCUAUACAGAUUGUGUAUGUUAAUCUUGCAUAUCUGAUCAGUGAAGCGAGUUUAGGAAGAUUGCAAGGUUUGACACCACCCUCAUGAUAAAGGUGAAUAAAUGUACACAAGUUUAGGAACGAAUGGAUGUUUUACCAGUUAGCGUACAGUGACAGACACAAUAAAAUAUUCAAGUUUUUGGUCGGGUUAUUUUAGUUGAAACUCGUAGAAUGUAUUCUUAUUGUCCACAACGACACCCCGAAACUACAAGUAGCCCUCCUUUUUCAGCCGCUAACCAGAACUCACGUCCAGAAAUCUUGCCACACAAUGUUUUAUUCUUAGUAUGCUACUUGAAGCUGUAUAUUUGUGUUUAUAAAAAUGUGUGCGUUACUUGAAGUUCUGUGUGUAUACUUGAAUUCUCACCGCAUUUUUUUUUCUAUGAGUGAAUUGUUGCCAUGUUUUCAUUCAUGCUAUUGGUAGGCCAGAUAUUUGGUUGUUUUUAGUAUUGCAUGUUAGUAAAAAAAAAGAAUGUACUUCAAGGCUGAGCA